AGAGAGAUUAUAGUGAGAUACAGAGCACUAGGAAAAAAAAAAAGGAUAGAGAAGGAGAGGCGAAGACGAGGGGGCACCAUUCACGAGGAAACGUGAUCUCUCUUCCUCUCGUAUUCUCAUCCCGAUCGAGGAACGAUCGACUUGGUUUCACCGCCUCGGGGGUGGACCUAAGCGACCCUUCACCUCUCCCUCGUCCUCACCCUCUCACAUCACAAUAGAAGCAGCAGUGGGAGAUCGAGGUUCCGACACUUCGCGGUUAAUUUAAGCUUUCAUGAUGGCGUGGUGGCGGAGGAUGGUAUUCCCUGUAAAGAAAGCUCUUGUCGCCGUCGCUUCCCGAGUUAAGCCCAGAAAAGACGGGAAAGGGAUUCUAAAGCUUCACGAUGACGUGCAAACUUGUGAGUACCAAGAUGUGCAGAUAAUGUGGGAGAUGUUGCAGAAGGCAGAGAUGGAGCUAAUGCACGCUCCGAAGAGCAAGAGCAAGAGAUCCGCAGGAAUAAUGUAGCGUAUCAUAAUCCUUAACCUCAAUCCCGAUCCUAAUCCUAAAUGGUGGGUUAAUUACAAGUCUCAGUUAGACCCAAUUGUUAGUAUGUUGGAAGUAUUAGCAUCCAUCCCCUGUUUUGUACAUAUUAGCCACUUUGCUUUCGGUCAACCUUUCGAAACUUGAGGGGUUGAGCAAAGGAGAAGACUAUAGGUUUUGGUCCAGUAGAGUUAGUUGAGGGGAUUUUGGGGGCCAAUGUGAUGUAGAGUUUUCUCACUCUAGUGUACUCUUUGUGUCAAUAAAAUUUUAUUUACAAUA